CCCCCGCUUCACCCCAUGCCACCUCCUGGCCCUCUCUUCCCUUCCUCCAGUAUGUUCUUAAAUACUGGGGCCGAGCCCGGGCGCGGGGAGACCCGGUUCGCCCCCGGAGCGCUCCGGGCGGUGACAGGGCCCUGGCGCUUACCCGCACCGGUAUCCCCGAAACUGCCCCUCCGGCAGCGCAGAGGCAGGGCGAGAGUGCUGCGGGCUGCCGGGGCUGGGGGCCAGAGUGGAGAAGGCAAGAAAUGCGGCGUGGGCGAUAAGGACCCCCCAGACCAGCCCCAGCUCCCGAACUUGACGCGUCCCGCCGGAGCCGAGUUUGAACCCCGCCUGGGACAGCGGCAGCCCGGUUACCUGCGGCAGAGCGGGCCGGGGCCGGGGCUGCGGUGCGGUGCGGGGCGGCCUCGCCUCCGCCUCCCCUGCGGCGGGGCCGGGCACCGGGCCGGGCUCGGGCUGGGCAGGCAGGGCGCUGCCCGCCCCGCUCCCCCCGCCAAUGUCAGGGGGGACUCGGGCUAUGCGGGCAUCUCCCGAGGAGCCCGCUCCCCGCAGCGGGCGGGCGCGGUAUAUUUAGCAUCGCGUCGCUUUAUUCCUCCCCCAAAGUUUCGCCCACUUAUUUAUUUAUUUGCCGGCGAGCGCCGCGCUGCCGCAGAGCGGCAAGAGCCGCUCCGCGCCGUGCCGAGCCCUGGAAGCGGCUUGGUAUUGCAGCAGGUAGAGCUGAGCGCUAGGACCUCGGAGAAUCCUUCCAGCAGCAAUCAGGACUACCUUAAACCCAGCCCAAUGCCUCUUCCUGCGCCACUCUGCGUGCUGGAUGGAGAUCCACAGUCAAGAGCUGCAGCUCAGUGCUGGAGUACAACAUUUCACAGGGAGCCCUGCAGAAGCAACACCUGUUUCGAGCCAGCCAAGAAAGACACAAGCACUUGUGAAGUUGGGAACUAUUUCGGUGUGCAGGAUGCAGUACCCUUUGGGAAUGUGCCCGUUUUGCCGGUGGAUAGUCCGGUUUUGUUAAGUGACCACCUGGGUCAGUCUGAGGCAGGUGGGCUACCCAGGGGGCCUGCGGUCACGGACUUGGACCAUUUAAAGGGGAUCCUCAGGCGGAGACAGCUAUACUGCAGGACUGGAUUUCAUUUAGAAAUCUUCCCCAAUGGUACUAUCCAGGGAACCAGGCAAGACCACAGCAGAUUUGGUAUACUGGAAUUUAUCAGUAUAGCAGUGGGCUUGGUCAGCAUCCGAGGGGUCGACAGUGGACUUUACCUUGGAAUGAAUGAGAAAGGGGAACUGUACGGCUCGGAAAAAUUAACCCAGGAGUGUGUAUUCAGAGAGCAAUUUGAAGAAAACUGGUAUAACACAUAUUCAUCAAAUCUAUAUAAACAUGUGGACACUGGAAGACGAUACUAUGUUGCGUUAAAUAAAGAUGGGACUCCAAGAGAAGGGACUAGGACUAAACGGCAUCAAAAAUUUACACAUUUUUUACCUAGACCAGUGGACCCUGAGAAAGUACCGGAACUAUAUAAGGAUAUUUUAAGCCAAAGUUGACAAAGACAAUUCCUUCACUUGAGCCCUUAAAAAGUAACCACUAUAAAGGUUUCAUGCGGUGGGUUCUUAUUGAUUAGCUGUGUCAUCACAUCAGCUCCACUGUUGCCAAACUUUGUCGCAUGCAUAAUGUAUGAUGGAGGCUUGGAUGGAACAUGCUGAUUUUGUUCUGCACUUAAAGGUUUGUCCUCCUGGAGGAGAGCCUAUGCCCACUCGCUUGAUUUAGUACGAGAGGGAGCGCGAGAGAGUGAGUGCGAGAGAGAGAGAGAGAGAGAGAAAGAGGGAGAGAGAGAGAGAGAGAAAGGGAGAGCAUGAAUGGGAGUGAGAGCGCGAGAGAGAGGAGCCAAGGGGAGGAGGAGGAGGGUGAGGAGGAGGAAGGCCUGAUGCAUGCUGGGGAAUAGACACGCUUUUAAAUUUUUGAUCAGUUGUACUUCGUCAUAUAUCAGCAUAGCUGCCAUACUUUGAUUCAUCAGGAUUUUUGGCUGGUGGCCUGCUCAAGUGUACGCUGCAUUUACAAAGGCAUGGAGGGUGCAGUCUUACUUAAACAAGAGACUUUUCAGUUAAUCGCUCUCUGGGUCUCACCCCACUGAGUUUAAAGCAAAGACCUCUUAGUAAAAAAAAUAAAAAUAAAAAGUUAAAUUUAUUUAUAGAAAUUCCAAAGGCAACAUUUUAUUUAUUUUAUAUAUUUAUUUAUUAUAUAGAGUUUAUUUUUAAUGAAAUAUGUACAGGCCAGAUAGGCAUUUUGGAAGCUUUAGGCUCUGUAAGCAUUAAAAUGGCAAAGGCCACUAUGAACCUGUGGUAAAUUCAUGCAAGUAAAUAUAAAAGUGCAUGGAUAAAAAAAAAACAACAAUAAAAAGGUAAUGACAAUAAUAAUAAAUUCUAGUGACCCUCAUGUACUAAAGGCGACAAUCUCUUUUGUGCCCAUAUUAUUGUACAAUUAUGCACACCACUCAUGACACUGAGUCCUCACUCUUCUGACUGCUUGUUUCAUAGCUUACCCCAGAGGAUUAAAGAGAAAACUGGGUCUUCAACUUUUUUUUAUGUGUCUGUAAUAUUUCCUCUCUGAUAAAAUGACUUCUUACAUCAUUGUAAAUUUCACAGCUGUGAAAAAUGUAGGGGUUGGAAUAUAUUCUACUUGUUAAAACCUAUUGCAGAUUAUACCAAAGCUAAGUGAUAAAUAUGCUUUUUUUUUCCUAAAGAGAAUGCCAGAAACAACAUAAUACCAACAACAUUUGUACUAAUUUUAAGAUUCCACAAAGAGCACAUAAAGAUUUCAGAGGGCAAAAACCAGGUUAACAGGAUCACUCUUGUAAACAUGUUUAUUUGUGCACUUGACUAUCUACUGUGAAAUUAUACAAGUUCCAUAGGGGUCAUUGUAAUAUCUUUUAUGGAAAAUUGCUUUCAGUGUGAACUGUCAUAAUACAUGAUAUUAGCACCCUUCCUAAAGUAAAACUUGCAAAAUGAAACUAAUAAAUCUCUAUCAAUAAUGACAA